UCUUCUUCGUUUUAUCACUAGCGCAUAGCCCUAACCCUAACUCUCUCGUACUUAAACCAAAAACCAAUCGACCAAGAAAUCGAAGAGCGACACGAUCGUAACCUAAGAAGCUUGAUUCCCAUGGAUUCGCAACCGAGCGAUCUCUUUGAUACGGCAUCUCAGCCCGAUACGGCGGUGGACGCGUACACCUUCCUUGAAUUCAAUUCCCAAGGCGAUUCGGAGUUCGAUUUCCCAGAGUUCCGUUCACCGAACGCAUGGCCUACACCGUCUGAUUCCAUCUCCGCCGUGGAGCCUUCCGAUCGCGGCGGCGGAGGGGUACCUGCCGCGGAUCACCAUUCCGAGGCCUCCUCGCCUUCUUCCCUGUCUGCCAAGGCCGGGCGCGGUGGUGGUGGUGGUGUUAGUAGCAGCAGUCAGGCGGAUGCGUUGGCUGCGGGGAUUGGAAAUUUGAACUUCGAGGAGACUGGCGAUGAUGAUGGUUUCGAUUACGGAAAGAAUGAUUUCACGGAGCACGCGUGUAAGUAUUGUGGUAUCUCGAACCCGGCUUGCGUUGUUAGGUGUAAUGUGGCCUCCUGUAGAAAGUGGUUCUGCAAUUCAAGGGGAAACACCUCCGGCUCCCACAUCGUCAAUCAUCUUGUUCGAGCCAAACACAAGGAGGUUUGUCUCCAUAGAGACAGUCCGUUGGGUGAAACAAUUCUCGAAUGCUACAACUGUGGAUGUCGGAAUGUCUUUCUUCUCGGUUUCAUCUCAGCAACUACAGACAGUGUUGUCGUCCUUCUCUGUAGAGAUCCUUGUUUGAAUGUGAAUGCUCUCAAGGAUAUGAACUGGGACCUAAGCCAGUGGUGUCCCUUGAUUGACGAUAGGUGUUUCCUCCCCUGGCUUGUUAAGGUUCCGUAUGAGCAAGAGCAGCUGAGGGCACGACAAAUUAGUGCACAGCAAAUAAACAAAAUUGAGGAAUUAUGGAAGACAAAUCCGGAUGCUACCCUUGAAGACCUUGAAAAACCUGGCGUAGACGAUGAACCUCAGCCUGUUCAACCUAAGUAUGAAGAUGCUUAUCAGUAUCAAAACGUGUUUGCUCCUCUUAUUAAACUCGAAGCAGAUUAUGACAAGAUGAUGAAAGAGUCUCAGAGCAAGGAAAACCUCACAGUUCGGUGGGAUAUUGGUCUGAACAAGAAGCGUGUUGCCUACUUCGUCUUCCCGAAGGAGGAAAAUGAAUUGCGAUUGGUGCCGGGUGAUGAACUACGUCUACGCUACUCAGGAGAUGCUGCUCAUCCAGCUUGGCAAUCAGUUGGACAUGUGGUCAAACUAACUGCCCAAGAGGAGGUUGCUCUUGAACUCCGAGCUAAUCAGGGAGUUCCGAUCGACGUGAACCAUGGAUUCUGUGUUGAUUUUGUUUGGAAAAGUACAAGCUUUGAUCGGAUGCAGGGAGCCAUGAAAAAUUUUGCUGUAGAUGAAACGAGUGUGAGUGGUUAUAUUUACCAUCAGCUAUUGGGACAUGAAGUUGAGGCCCAGUUGGUCCGGAACCCACUUCCUCGACGUUUUGGGGUACCAGGUCUUCCAGAACUGAAUGCAUCUCAGAUUAAUGCGGUGAAGAGUGUCCUUCAGAAGCCCAUCAGUUUGAUCCAAGGUCCACCUGGCACAGGCAAAACUGUGACUUCUGCUGCAAUUGUGUAUCACAUGGCAAAACAGGGUCAGGGACAGGUUCUCGUUUGUGCCCCAAGUAAUGUUGCAGUCGACCAGCUAGCAGAAAAAAUUAGUGCUACUGGUUUAAAGGUUGUUCGACUUUGUGCAAAGUCAAGGGAAGCUGUAAGUUCUCCUGUUGAGCAUUUGACACUUCACUACCAGGUACGACAUCUUGACACUUCUGAGAAGAGCGAGCUGCAUAAGCUACAGCAAUUGAAAGAUGAACAAGGUGAGCUGUCAAGCAGUGAUGAAAAGAAAUACAAAAAUUUGAAAAGAGCAACAGAACGCGAGAUAACCCAGAGUGCUGAUGUCAUUUGCUCUACUUGUGUUGGUGCUGCGGAUCUUCGGCUGUCAAAUUUUAGAUUUAGACAGGUCCUUAUUGAUGAGUCUACUCAAUCUACAGAACCUGAGUGUCUUAUUCCUUUGGUCCUCGGGGUAAAACAGGUUGUUCUUGUUGGUGAUCAUUGUCAGCUUGGCCCCGUCAUUAUGUGCAAGAAAGCAGCUCGUGCUGGCUUGGCACAGUCUCUCUUUGAACGCCUUGUGCUUCUUGGCAUUAAACCAAUUAGAUUGCAGGUUCAAUAUCGUAUGCAUCCAGCGUUGUCCGAGUUUCCAUCCAAUAGCUUCUAUGAAGGAACACUACAGAAUGGAGUCACCGUUAAUGAAAGGCUAACAACAGGGAUUGAUUUCCCCUGGCCCGUGCCUAAUCGGCCCAUGUUUUUCUAUGUCCAGCUGGGGCAAGAGGAGAUCAGUGCUAGUGGAACAUCAUACCUAAAUAGAACCGAGGCUGCUAAUGUGGAGAAACUUGUGACCGCUUUCUUAAAGAGUGGAGUUGUCCCCAGUCAGAUUGGAGUGAUAACUCCAUACGAGGGACAGAGGGCAUAUAUUGUUAAUUACAUGGCUAGAAAUGGUUCUCUCCGACAACAACUUUACAAGGAAAUUGAGGUUGCCAGUGUUGAUUCUUUUCAAGGAAGAGAAAAAGAUUACAUCAUAUUGUCCUGUGUCAGAAGUAACGAGCAUCAGGGCAUUGGAUUCCUUAAUGAUCCACGGAGGCUCAAUGUUGCACUCACACGUGCUCGUUAUGGAAUUGUUAUUCUUGGAAACCCGAAGGUCCUUAGUAAACAGCCUCUGUGGAAUGGCUUGCUGACACAUUACAAGGAACAUGAGUGCUUAGUUGAGGGACCUCUUAAUAAUUUAAAGCAGAGCAUGAUACAAUUUCAAAAACCAAGAAAGAUGUAUAAUGAUCGCAGACCAUUUUAUGGUGGUGGGGCUGGCAUGAUUGGAAAUGAUAAUCCCAAUGCUGACAGAAGAGGCAGCCGUGGAAGGGCUGGUGGUUCUUAUAUGCCUUCUGGCCCACCUAGUGGUUCGAGAUUACACCCAGCUGGCUACCCAAUACCCAGGGUGCCAUUUUCACCGUUUCCUGGUGGUCCUCCUUCUCAGCCAUAUGCUAUUCCAACUCGUGGACCUGUUGGUACUGGUCGUGGAAGUUCAGUUGGGGGCCACCUUCCCCACCAACAAGCCACCCAGCAUAAUGUUGGAACUAUUGGCCCUAAUGUGAACUUCCCCCUUGAUAGUCCAAAUAGCCAGCCUUCACCUGGUGGUCCGCUAUCCCAACCUGGAUAUGGAAGCCAAGCAUUCAGGGAUGGUUUUAUGGGCGGCAUUUCUCAGGAUUUCUUAGGUGAUGAUUUCAAGAGCCAGGGAUCUCAUGUUCCUUACAACAUGGGCGACUAUUCUACACAGGGAGGAUAUGCGGUUGAUUAUGCCACACAAGGAGCCCAUGGAGCUUUUCCUGGAAACUUUAUGAACCAAAAUUCUCAAGGGGGUUAUUCUCGUUUCAGUGGGAGUAAUGAUUUCAUGUCCCAGGAGUAUAUGGCGCAUGGAGCACAAGGUCUUUUCACCCAAGCUGGCUUUAUCGACUCAUCUCAGGAUGAUGGACAACAGAAUCCUUUUGGUGUGAACAAUCCUAAUCUUCAGUCUCAGGGUCUCCCGAAUUCACUCUACUCGCAGCCUUUCUCACACUACACCCAGCCACUAAACCUUUCAGGCCCACAGCAAUCUCAACCUCCUAACCAAAGCUCACAAAACCCAAAACUUCCUCACAACGGCUAAAGAUGACACAUGCAGAAGCUGAAUGCAAACGGGUUUGUAAACCUUUUUUUUUGCAAAUUCAGCAGCUUGGUAUCAUGCUAUCACGGCUCCAAACAAACAUCUGGUGGCUUCUCGGGGUGCUUGCAAGUUACGUGCCUUUCUGGCUCGCUUAGCAACAGGUAAUGAUGAUGCAGAGAGACAUGUACCUAAGUAACCCGAGGAGAUUCUUGGUCCAUACAUCCUCUGGGCUUAUAUAAAUGUUUGGUUUUGCCGUGUAAUAUUAUAAUAUCAUCCUCUUAUUGUAGUCUAUAUCUGAAGCUACCCUUAGUUAAGAAUCGGUGGUGGUGUCUGGUGAUAUUGAUAUGAGUACUGCAAACUCUCUUGCCUUUAUUUUUUCUGGAUAUUUUCGCUUAAUGCGUGUCUGAAUUAUUGUUUCUGCUUCCGUGGUAUUUAUUAUAUUAUCAUCUAUGAGAUA